GUUGCCAGAUUGCGCGGACAUUACAGGGGAUACAGUUCUCGUGCAAAACAUUGGUACGUAUCGGUACGUGGAAUUGGUGGGGUCGAAACCACGCUCGAAGAGGCAGGCCUUUGCAGCUCGAGGCUGUUUGGAACGCCUCGACUGGUCCGGAUACGAAGGAAAUCCGGAGGGCGACCGUGGGCACUUAUAAUUGCCGCCAAGGGGGUCGGCCGAGAGAGGGAUUCGUCGGAGUGAAGUUCUACCGCUUCAUGGUCCAUCAUGAGUGAUUACUCAGCAGUCGCUCCGCCACAAAAUUUUACCCAAAAUUUGGCGUUUGCGGCUGCCGUACAACGCGCUAAGCAGUUACAAGAAUAUUAAAGGAGUAAUUAGCUGUUCGGGGGUGAUAUAUAUGAUGUCCAUCAUUCAACUGUGACGGCAGAAACUUGGAGAAACGGAAAACAAGGGAUAGCGGCUAAGAUGAAACAUGCUGGGACUCAAAAUAAUACAGAUCCCAAAUUGAAACGACCUCUUGAAGAUAGCUCAGAGCCCGAAGCGAAGAAGAUGGCGACUUUGGUGGUGGAUCCGCUGGUCGGCCUGCGUCCCGGACCGACGGCGGCCGGUGUUGGCACGGUGGCGGGGGCGGGGGUGGGGGCGCCCGGCGUUGGCGUCGGCGUCGGUGUUGGCGUCGGCGUUGGCGUCGGUGUCGGCGUCGGCGACGGAGCCACGCCGGGGGCCGCAAGGAUGCCCGCACAGGCGGCCCCCCCUUCAGUCCCCAUGCCUCCUAUUGGAGGUAUUUGUAACGAGGACAUCAGAGUCCCGGAUAAGAUGGUCGGCUUGAUAAUCGGCAGAGGCGGCGAACAAAUAACCAGAUUGCAAAGCGAAACAGGAUGUAAGAUACAAAUGGCGCCAGAGAGUGGUGGGCUGCCUGAACGGGUUUGCACCCUAACUGGCUCGCGAGAAGCUGUCAAUCGAGCGAAAGAGUUGAUUCUCUCGAUCGUCAAUCAGCGGAGCAGGACCGAGGGUAUCGGUGACAUGAGCAUGGGGGGCGGCGGCGGGGGUGGCGGAGGUGGAGGCAUGAUGGGCGGUCAUCCUGGCUUCGUCGAGAUCAUGAUUCCGGGCCCGAAGGUUGGCCUGAUCAUUGGCAAGGGUGGGGAGACCAUCAAGCAGCUUCAAGAAAAGUCUGGAGCCAAAAUGGUCGUCAUACAAGAUGGCCCUUCCCAAGAGCAAGAAAAACCGUUGAGAAUAACGGGCGACCCUCAAAAGGUGGAGUACGCAAAACAGUUGGUGUACGAGUUGAUAGCUGAAAAAGAAAUGCAAAUGUUCCACAGAGGAGGAAGGGGCGGCGACAGAGGGGGAAAUUAUUCUAACGAUAAUGGUUUUAAUCACGGGCCUUCGAAUAACGAAGGCAUGGAGAACGACCGCUACUCAUUUGAAGUGCUCGUACCAAGAGCCGCAGUUGGGGUCGUCAUCGGAAAGGGAGGUGACAUGAUCAAGAAAAUACAAGCCGAAACCGGAGCAAGGGUACAGUUCCAGCAAGGGAGGGAGGAUGGACCUGGAGACAGAAAAUGUUUACUCUCUGGAAAACAUCAAGCUGUUGAGCAGGCCAGACAACGAAUCCAGGAGCUCAUCGACAGUAGGCGAGAUGAUCAAAGAAGUACCAUGGGUGGAAGAGGUCCACGAGGAAACGGUUUUGGUGGUGGACGAAAUUCUGAAUAUGGCGGCGGUUGGGACAGACGCCAAGGUGGACCUAUGCAAGAUAAAGUUGAAACGACAUUCACCGUACCUAAAGCGAAAUGUGGUAUCAUUAUCGGUAAAGGCGGCGAGACGAUCAAACAAAUAAAUCAACAAACCGGUGCACACUGCGAGUUAGAUCGAAGGAACCAAACCAAUGAAAACGAACAAGUUUUUAAUAUUCGUGGAACUCCUGAUCAAGUGGAGCAUGCCAAGAGAAUCUUCAGCGAAAAAUUGGGAAUGGGACCUGCCGGACCUCCAUAUGGCGGUGGUCAAGGACCCAUUGCAUAUAAUCCCAAUUGGAAUGCAGGAUCAGGAUACCAGUCCUGGCCCAAUCAACCCCAGCCUAAUGAUCCUAGUGGAAACGUAAACCAAGCCCCGGUCCAAUUAAACCCACAAACUGGGCAACUAGACUACAGCGCUCAAUGGGUAGAGUACUAUCGAUCCCUCGGAAUGACUAGAGAAGCUGAGAUGGUAGAACAACAGGCUAAGCAGGGCAAGCAGGAUCACAAUCAACAACCAGCAAAUCAACAACCUCAGUCGAAUCAAGGUCCAGGUGGUCAACCAGGUCCGGGUCAACAACAGCAGCAGCAACAACAACAGCAACAGCAGCAACAACAACAACAGCAGCAGCAGCAGCAGCAACAACAACAACCUGGAGCCGCGCAAAACGGUGGCCAAGCCGAUUACAGCGCUCAGUGGGCAGAGUAUUACAGAAGUAUAGGAAAAGUCAAAGAAGCCGAAGCUAUCGAAGCGCAAAUGAAGGCAGGAAAGUUGGGUAUGCAAGGAAAUCAAAUGGCGCAGCCGCAGAUGCAGCAAGCGAUGCAGCCUCAAUCGGGCGGUCCGCCAGGGGGCACGCCAGGCGUUUUUCCGCAGACCUAUGGCGGCUACCCCGGCAUGAGCGCUGGAUCGGCCCCUGCGGGUUACUACGCCCCUGGUGCGGGUACUGCGGCCGCGGCUGCGGCUGCAGCUGCGGCCGCAGCUGCUGGCUCGGGGGCCCAACCCCAGACUACACAGCAAAAUCCUCCCUUUCCCACGGGCUACCAGAAUUACAUGUACUCUCAGCCAAGCUCCGACAAUUAAAUCCCAAAAGUAAGUAUUUUCUUACGUCUCGUAUGCACGUAUCUCGAAAGGGGUGCAUGCCACUGUCCUUGAGUACUUUCCAUGUCCUGAAAGGAGUCACUACUUUUCGGAAAGGCGAUUCGCUCCUGCCCACAGUUUCCUGGCGUUUCCGAAAGGUGGAUUCACAGACUGCGCUGUUUCAACUAUUACGUCAUUUUACUUAAGCCUGAGCUGGACUUUGUGUGCGGGUGGAUCCAUGUUUAGUUAAAUUUUCAUCCCUGAUAUGUGUAGAGGGUAGAAAUUAAAUUAAUUCUGAAUAUAUUAUUUAAUUGCUCUGGUCAACGAUUGAAAUGAACAGGUUAGUUUUUGCCCAAGGUCGAUGUGUAUCGUGUAUUUUGCGUAGUAGUGUUAAAGCAACGUCGUCUGUGAAUUGAUUGGCAAUGGCAUUUGCCUACGAAUGCACGGUGCAAGAUGUUCAUUGCAUCAUCCUACUUUGAUCCAUUUCAACGCCUUGAAUCAUCGCCAUUAAGGGGAUGUGAAAGUGGCAUCCGUAAGCUCAAUCGUUCAUAGAACU